AUGAUCUUAUCAAUCCCCUUUCUUGUUCUCGGACUGUGUGCCUCGCCAGUCGCCGCGGCUUCCGCCCAAGCCACGCACUCGACGGUGCUCUACCAACACUUCUUCCCCGCGUGGAAUCCGUACCUCCAAGGCUAUCUGCAAGAUGCGUGCCGCGAGCAGAUCACCAACUACCGCAACGCGACGUUUUCUGAUCCCCGGACGAGCUACACAGUUCUCGACUGCCUUUUGAAGCAGUUUCCCGAGUUCCGCAAGGCAGAGAUGAGCGCCGCCGCCGUCGUUCUCGGCCUUGCUCCCACCAUCCUGCAAAUGAUCAGCCCGCGACCGUCCGACACGGCACUCGUCGCGCUGCGCCGUCCUCUCCUCGCGCUCCUCCUGUCCGUCGCCUCGCCUGCCACCACGAGCCCACCGGCGGCGCAAUACGCGGAGCAGCUGCAGAUGCUCGAUCACCCGCUGCCACCGCGGGUUCAUGGAUGCUUUCCCUACACGGUACCGCGUGUGCUCGGCUACUACGAGGACGCGGCGGGGGGCCUCGUCUCCGCGCUGCAGUACACGGCUGCGCUGCUGGCCGCCGCCAACAGCGCAUACCGCACCUACCAGCUGUGCAUAUGGACCGUGUGCACCUUUGUCCCGACCCGCGCCUACCUUCCGGCGCUCUGGCACGUCGCCGUCAUCCCGCUGCACCUCAUCGGGUGGGUGGCGCUUCUGCUGAGCCUGCAGAGGAGGCCGGCUCCAGCUCCGAUGACGGCUACUGCGCGGCGACAGGCAUCAGGACCGCGGUGGCUGGAAAGGGUGAAGAGAAUUUUGGCAAGCGAGGCCAUUCCAGGGGCCUUUGCGAAGAAGCUGCCGAUGGAGAGCCGCGACGGGCCGGCGCCGUGCUUUUCGCUGAUGACCAUGGUGCUGUACGUCAGUGUGCCUAUUCAUAUCCUCUAUGGCACCAUGGUUCUCUCCAGCCUCGCCUUUGUCAGCGCUGUCGACUCUCUCGGCGUCGUCGCGUGGGAUCCAGGCCGUCGCCAGCGCAAGCCUAAGAACCGCGCAGCCAAGCCAGCAGACGAAUAG